UGGGGGAGAAGGCCCCGGAACGAGGCCGGUCCGCGCGGGCCUGCGCGCCUUCUUCCCUCGCGGCCGUACUCACCCGCUCCAGAAUCGGCCCUGUCGCCCUCGCCCGUAUUUCUCAGCCGGCUGAGACCGGUAGCAGCCCCGGCUCCACGUGCAGCGUCUCUCUGGCCGACCGGUCGUAGACAGUCUCCGAGACGCUUCCUGUCCGUAACACAGAAUCACCAUGAUUCUUCAAACGCUGUUCAAGUUUUCCUCUGUCAUUCGGUCAGCAGUCUCAGUCCAUUUACGGAGGAACAUUGGUGUUACAGCAGUGGCAUUUAACAAGGAACUCGAUCCUGUACAGAAACUCUUUGUGGACAAGAUUAGAGAAUACAGAUCUAAGCGACAGGCUACUGGAGGACCUGUUGAUGUUGGCCCAGAGUAUCAGCAAGAUCUAGAUAGAGAGCUUUUUAAGCUUAAGCAAAUGUAUGGUAAAGCAGAUAUGAAUACGUUCCCCAAUUUCACAUUUGAAGAUCCCAAAUUUGAGACAUUUGAAAAACCCCAGUCCUGAAGACAUAAUGUAAAAUCACUUUGGUAAUUUGUCAUAGAUUAGUUCUACAAUUAUGUCAAUUAGUAUCAAAAUAAACUUUUAUUCCACAAUUGUUGAACAUUCUUUUGUUAAUUCUGAUUCCAAAUAAAUUAUUUGGUAAUGUUG